GUGUGUGUUUGUGUGGAUGUUCACGUCCAGUGUUUGGUUGAAGGUGUUCUUCAUGUGUGUGUAUGAUCAGGGCUGGAGAACAUGUACCAGCUGACACGUAACAACAAGUACAUGCUGAGAGUGGAUCUGGAGGACUUUGAAGGAAGGAAAGGUUUCGCUCUGUACUCAUCCUUCUCUGUGGGUUGUGAAUGUGCUGGUUAUCAGCUGCAUGUUUCUGGAUUCACUGAUGGAGGAGCAGGCGACUCUUUAUCUGGCCAUAAUGAUCAGAAGUUCUCCACCUUCGACAAAGACCAAGACUCCUAUGAAAAGAACUGUGCCAAACUGUAUCUCGGGGCAUUUUGGUACGCAGCCUGUCACUAUGCAAACCCCAACGGUGCGUAUUUAUGGGGCGAAGAUCCCACCCAUCAUGCCAUUGGUGUUGUUUGGUCAGCAUGGAAGAAUUACGCAGUCAGUAUGAAAUCAAUCAGCAUGAAGAUCAAAUAUGUUUCUUAGAAACAAUACAGUACUCCUGAAGGGGAAAUUUUUCCUGAUUAUUCAAGAGCUUAACAACAAUAUUUCCCCUCUUAGCUGUGUAACUGUGUGAAUGUGUUGAAUAUUUCUCAUCUACGUGUAUAGCUGCUCGUGUAGCACAUUAAAACCAACUUAAUCCAUAUUUAGAUGAAUUGUCACUUCAUAAACCUUCAA